GGUGGCAGGCGGGGGCCUCCUAUAGCCCUCAGGACGUUUUAUCUGUGGGCCCUCCAAUCGCGUCAUAAGUCGGCGACUGAGCCUUGGCGGUGGUGGCCGAGGCGGCGAAGGCGGCAGCGGCGGCGACAGCUCUGGGGUUUGCUUCUCGGGGUGUGUCGGCCGCCGCUGCUGCUUGGGCCUGGUAUGUACAAAUGGCUGGUUAGGAUUCUCGGCACCAUUUUCCGUUUCUGUGACCGGCCGGUGCCCCCUGCCCGGGCCCUCCUGAAGAGGCGGCGCUCGAACAGCACUUUGUUUUCUACAGUGGACACUGAUGAAAUACCAGCCAAAAGACCAAGAUUAGAUUAUUUCAUUCACCAAGUGAAAACCAGUCUCUACAAUGCUGCCAGCUUAUUUGGAUUCCCAUUCCAGCUGACCACAAAGCCCAUGGUAACUUCUGCUUGUAAUGGAACACGGAAUGUGGCCCCUUCAGGAGAGGUAUUUUCGAAUUCUUCAUCUUGUGAACUGACAGGUUCUGGAUCCUGGAACAACAUGCUGAAACUGGGUAAUAAAUCUCCUAAUGGAAUAAGUGACUAUCCAAAGAUCAGAGUGACAGUAACCCGAGAUCAGCCUCGCAGAGUCCUGCCUUCCUUUGGUUUUACUUUGAACUCAGAAGGGUAUAGUAGAAGACCCGGUGGCCGUCGCCACAGCAAAGGCCCUUCAGAAAGUUCUUUAACCUGGAAGCCUCAGGAACAGGUUGUAACAGAGAUGAUUUCUGAAGAGGGUGGCAAGGGUCUGAGGCGUCCCCACUGUACUGUGGAGGAGGGUGUUCAGAAAGAGGAAAGGGAGAAAUACCGAAGGUUAUUGGAGCGACUUAAAGAAGGUGGUCAUGGAAACUCUGUUCCUUCUGUAACUUCAACUUAUCACAGCUCUCAAAGAAGUCACAUGGACACACUAAAGACCAAAGGCUGGGGGGAAGAGCAAAGUCACGGAGUCAAAACAACUCAGUUUGUUCCAAAACAGUAUAGAGUUGUUGAAACAAGGGGACCUCUAUGCUCAGUGAGAAGUGAGAAGAGGUGUUGUUCAAAGGGGAAAAUUUCUGAUACAGAGAGGACAGUUGGACUCAGACUUGAAAAUGAAGGUAGGAGGGGACAUCAACUGGAACCUGACCUAUCCGAAGAGGUGUCGGCCCGACUCCGCCUGGGCAAUGGGAGCAAUGGCUUACUCAGGAGGAAAAUGUCAAUACUUGAGACAAAAGAAAAACAUUGCUCGGGCAAAGAGAGGGAUAAAAGGAUGGAUGAUCUUCUUGAACUUACAGAGGACAUGGAAAAGGAGAUCAGUAAUGCCCUAGGUCAUGGCCCACAGGAUGAGAUCCUAAGUAGCGCUUUCAAGUUGCGAAUCACUCGAGGAGAUAUACAGACCUUGAAGAACUAUCAUUGGCUCAAUGAUGAAGUCAUUAAUUUUUACAUGAAUCUUCUGGUGGAAAGAAACAAAAAACAAGGGUAUCCAGCACUUCAUGCAUUCAGUACUUUUUUCUAUCCCAAAUUAAAGUCUGGUGGUUACCAAGCAGUGAAAAGAUGGACCAAAGGGGUCAAUCUCUUUGAACAGGAACUUAUUCUGGUGCCUAUUCAUCGGAAGGUACAUUGGAGCCUGGUGGUGAUAGACCUACGAAAAAGGUGUCUCAAAUAUCUGGAUUCUAUGGGACAAAAGGGCCACAGGAUCUGUGAGAUUCUCCUUCAGUAUUUACAGGAUGAAAGUAAGACCAAAAGAAAUAUUGAUCUAAAUCUUUUAGAGUGGACCCACUACAGCAUGAAGCCACAUGAGAUUCCUCAACAGUUAAAUGGGAGUGAUUGUGGAAUGUUUACUUGUAAAUAUGCAGAUUAUAUCUCUAGGGACAAACCUAUCACAUUUACUCAGCACCAGAUGCCUCUCUUCCGGAAGAAGAUGGUGUGGGAAAUCCUUCAUCAGCAGUUGCUGUGAGAAUGCCCCGCCCGGUCCCUCUAGCUGCUGGUGGUUCUUUCACGGAGGACGGAUGUUUCCAUAUACCUCAUGCAUCGUGGGUUCAACAGUCCCCGCAUCGCCCCUGCUGGCUCACAGGUACUGGGCCGUAGGACGCGCACGCAGGCCUCUCCCUGCACCCUGGGCCCGCCUUGGUGCGUGGACCCUGUGUGUGAGCCUGUGCCUGCUCAGAGCCCUGGACUAUUCAACCCACACAAGAACAAACGCUAAUUAAUACUUUUUUUUUUAAGAUUUUUUUUUUCCCUAUGAAUGUGGGAAAUGCGGGAUUUAUUCUAUGAUUUGUUUUUUGUGUGUUUGUUCACGUGUGUUCAUUCGCUCACUCAUUUACAAACAUAAUGGCAGUGGCUGUUUGCUGCUGCUCCACAGUUAACUCUGAAUUACCUGUUUGAACUAUUUAUUUUUGAAAGGAAUGUUAAUCAAGCUCCACUCCCAGCUGAAGAUCAGGAGGGGAAUCAGUGGGGGGAGGAAGGAAGUGUCAAUUAACUUCCCGAAGGCUGGAGCAGAAACUGCCAACUUGAAGCUGGAGCUCUCGUUCUUGAGGCUUGGAAGUGCCGGAGAGGAGAAACGCCUUCUCCUUGGGUAGGGCUCUCAUUGCCUUUCAGAGGACGUCGGACACUACGGCCUUGGCCUGGGGGCGUGGAAAAGUGGAACGGUGGCCUAGGAACUCUGGCGAUCCAGGAGUCUUCAGAAGAGUGGUGGUCAUCCUAAAGAGACUGCUCUUUCUGGGAAUGAGCUGACUUGGCUACUCUUGAAACUGGAUUUGAAGUAACUAUAAACCCUAAAGCUUAAUUUUCAUCCCAGAUCUGGUUGAGUAUAAACCUCAGAAUUGUAAGGGCUGGCCUGGGCUGUUUAUUUCAAGAGAUACUAUUCAAUGUAAAAGCUAUUUUUCCUCAAAGUUUGUUUUUUUUUCUAUAUAUAAAGCCGAAAUUAAGUUUUGUACUCAUUAGGAUUUACAUCCCCCCCCAUUCCACCCCCACGGAAAUUUGGAAGAAAAUUUAGUACUUGGCUGUGAGGCUGCCAGUUAUACAAUAAUCUAUUUUGCAUAUGAAAGUUUGUAUUUAACUUUUUUGUUCAUUAAAAACUUUACAGUGGUUACGCAUUUUUAAUUUCAGAAAGUUUAGAGUUGGUCAGAACAUAUUUUGCAAGAUCUAGUGCCUAGUGUUGCUUUUUCCGAUGUAAUAAAGGUUGUCUGGCAGAACCUGAAAA